AUGCCUCAACAACAGAUGCCGAUGCCAGCAGGCUACAGCGACCCUUAUACCGAAAACGUAGGCUACGGUGGUGGUGGUGGAGGGGCCUGGGGUGACGGUUAUUAUGGUGGGAAGGGCGGUGGUCGUGAAACAACCUCGGCAACUGGCAAUGGGGCUGGUACUGGGCAGGCGGGAGAGAAUCAUGGAGAACAGACCUUUUCCGGUUACAGCGGGGGUUGGGGAGGGGCCAGCACGGGCCAAAUGGGUUGGCCCAAAAAAGGUGGCGGAAGUAAACAGGAAGUCAGAGAAGGCGACUGCUGCUAUGCAGCUAAGGGUGCUCCACCUCCCGAUCCGUCCAGUCCGGAGUACCUCGCCGCUGUGGCUGCUGCCUACUGGCCUAUGAUGGGAGCUUACUCUGGAUCUGCAGGUCCCGAUGGAUCAGCGGAUCCUUCUGCUACUAUGGCAGCUGCUUAUGGUGGAUGGCCCGGCUGGUGGGGUGCGGGAGGAAAAGGAAAAUCGGGGAGGAGAGAAGGUGAUUGGGACUGCCCGGCUUGUGGUGACAUGAACUUCGCCUCGAGGGUUGUCUGCCGCAAAUGCGGCGCGGCUCCGUCUUACGGCUCAGCGAUGGGGGCUUAUGGCGUCGGCUCUAUGAGCAACAGUAUACCUUCCAAUCUUGCUCCCACAGGGGCAGCCACUGGAGGAGGUUCUGAUGUCUCGGGUCGCAGUUAA